AUGGGGUAUGCGGCAAGUUUUCCCAAGCCAAAGAAUCCACCCAGGUACAUCAAGUGUGUCCUCUACCUCGAUCUGUAUCAUCAACAAGACCCUCCCGAAAUUCGUCUGAAGGAGCUGAAUUGGCAUUGGUGGCUUGCACCAACGCUUGGCUUGCCUCUUGUGCUUGAAUACGGUAAAUAUCCCACUCGGUUGGUGGACGCAAACGUAUGGGAGGAAAAGUAUUUUGAUGUCAAUGCAAUGAAGCGGUGGAUUUCAGAUUGCGAAUCUCAACAUGGAAGACAAUGUCAAGAGAACAUGACCAAAGGCCUACCAAAACACUUCAAAUUGAUCGAUAUCGACAAGAUGUGCAUUGUCGAUGCUUCCGAAUCCCACCGGUUCGUAGCAUUUAGCUAUGUUUGGAGUGUACACGGAGGUGUCAGAAGUUUGCAGCUGGUUCAAUCAAACAUCGAUCAAUUAUCACAGCCCGGUGGUCUUGAGCUUCAUCAGCUACCGGAACAAAUUUUCGAUGCUAUUUUGCUUUGCAAAGAAUUGAACGAACACUGGAUUUGGAUUGAUCGGCUAUGCAUUGUACAGGACGAUGAGGUCUCGAAACAAGUACAGAUUGAUGCCAUGGAUGCCAUUUAUGGUAGGGCGACCUUCACUCUUGUGGCAGCUGUCGACCCGUCCAAAGCUGUCGGCCUACCAGGCGUUCAAGGUCGACCAAGAGCUUCGUUUCUCGAUAACGACACGCGCCUAUACAAUGCGGAAGGCUGCAAAAUCGACUUGAACUUCUUCGUCGCUGUUGAUGAUUCGAACUGGAACAUGCGUGGCUGGACCUUUCAGGAACGAUUACUCUCGAAGCGGUGUAUCUACAUAACAAAGUACCAAGUCUAUUUCACAUGUUCGCAUGUCUUGAUUCAAGAAGAAUUAGGAAAAUUCUCUCGCAAGGAUGACCACAUCAUCAGCCCACCAUCACACUUCAGUGUGCCUGCUAUACAUGAGCUGAGGACCAAACGUUCAUACCUGGAUUGUGCUUGUCACUAUACAGCUCGCAACUUGUCCUACGCGUCUGACAUUGAGAAGGCAUUUACCGGAGUGAGCAACGUUCUCGCCACUAAGAUGGACACUGCCUUCCUAUACUGCUUGCCCGAGAAGUACCUCACAACCUCCUUGCUGUGGCAUAGUAUCUCUCAUCCAGUUACGCGGAGGGAAGACGUGGCAGAAAUCCCCAGUUGGAGUUGGGCCAGCUGGUCGGGUGCAAUAAACUACCGGGGCGCGUUCUCCACAGACAUGAUUGCGAACGAUAUCGGUAGACUGGUCACAUUUCAUAUUCAAACUAUAGAUCUGGGACUACGUCGUCUGAAUUUGGAAAACGACUGGUUUGGUAACGACAUUGACUUCAGCACUUGUCAGGUUUUGGACGACAACACACGUCUGCAUAUGCCAGAUCGCGAGACUACAACAGAAAUAUGGCGUAGCUGCCCACAAAGUCCAUGGGAUACGAAAAAUCAUGUCAACCUCGCUCCAUCAGCGUGUCACGUCGCUACAAAGCAUCCUGGAAGCCUGGUCUUCAACACCACAUCAGCGGCCCUCUCCCUUCGUCCCGAUGCUACAUGUAGUGAUACCCUGAACAAUGUGUCAUUGAACAUCAUGUCGCCAAUUCAAGAGAAUCUAGGCACCAUGCAAAUAGAUCGAGGGUUGAUGAACGCAAAGGUAGAUCUCAACCAAGAUCAAGUGUUCAUCGUUCUAUGUGCAGGGAUUGUGCCCAAACGUGAACGGUGGGAUUUGAAGUAUGGACGGUACAAGGAUCGGGAAGAUCCUGAUAAAAGUCCAUGGCUUUUGAUUGUCAUGAUGGUGCAGCAAUGUGAAGGGGUGAGCGAAAGACUAGGUAUCGGGUAUAUCGAGGCUCGGCUCUGGGCCAGGGCCAAUCCCGUAUGGGAGACGAUUGUUUUGAUGUAG